CCUUUAAUUUCUAAAAAAGACUAUUGGCUUCUGUACAGUAACGCCGGGUAGCGCCGCGGUGCGUGGCGAAAGCCUGCUCGUGACGUCAUCAGUAGUUGCAAGAUGGCCAUCGGUAUUCGUGCACGUGCUUCACGUUUCUAUGGAAAUUCCAUUGCCCCAUUCUUCAUUUUCCCUACGCCAACUGGACUAUACUACACAAGGAGCACCCUCCUCCAGGUUCUAUGGCAGUGAGACAUGAUAUUACUAAUUGGCACGCGAUAGCAAAUUUUCCCAAGAUGAAGAAUACACCCGAAGCCUUAGAAGCAGUAGUCGUGAACUUCAAACAACACCUACGUGAGUUAAAAAUCACCGGCGAAUCCCUGCUAGAUACCGUUCUUAAUGGAAUGCUUAUUUCCCAAAUUAGUGGAAACAUCGUCAACAAGUGGGAACUUACCCUAACCGAUAGGAAAAUGCCACCAGUCGAACAUUUACUAGCCUUUUUAGAAAAACGAGCUAGCUGUGGCAAGUUGAGCCGCACAGUGACUCCGUUAACAAAAGAGACGACCACGCGCAAUCGCCCGCGACAACUCUUCCCGGAGCCACGCUUUCAUAACAUCAGAGACUAGGUCAACAUGUCACACAUGCAAAGGGUAUCACCCUAUCUGGAAGUGUACCACCUUCAAGGCCAAACCCGUGAGCAGUCGCCUUACGGAAGUUAAAGAAGCAUCGUUGUGCUUGAAUUGCCUGAGGAAAGGACACUCGGUGCGAGAGUGUAAGGCCAGAUUCUGUUAUGUGUGCGGACGACGGUAUCACACGAUGCUGCAUCAGGAGAAGCAAGACACAAGUCCGGGCUCCUCAGCAUCAAGUCGAAGCUCUUCUUCGUCAAGCACACGAUCGGACACAUCUUCGUCACCAAGAAGUCCUUGCAGGUCAUCUAGAACACCCGGUUCGGGGAAAACACAAACGGAUGCGUGCUAACACUAUUCACUUGCCACUGGAUCCGGCUCUAAGGACCAUGAACAUUCGCACGUUCGCGGGGAGACGCGAUCUCGAAGAAGCGCGUCAACGAGAGUCGUAAAUUUCCGAUACGAUUGACUAAUCGACGCCACGAAUCGUACGAUCCCUUAUUUCUUGUGGGAUAAUAAGGGUGAUUAAUUGAAAUAACGCUGCGAUUAACAGGUUACUAUAUAUAUUUAAACGAUCCAACAACUUCGGUGUUAUACCGGUGAGACUCUUUUCGUGUCGUUGCGUAUGAUGGUGUCGACUGACUGUAUUCGCGGGAGAUCGACCGAACACACUGUUGAAGACUUAUUGAUGACUGGAUGAGAACUUGCUCGAGAGUGGUGACGACUCGAUCGAGAGUGACUUGAUGAUGACUGCUUGAACACUUGCUCGAGAGUGGUGACGAUUCGAUCGAGAGUGACUUGAUGAUGACUGCUUGAACACUUGCUCGAGAGUGCCUGAUUUGCUCUUGUGGUGUCUCGGAGGAAAGCUUGGUGUGGGUGUGCCCUUUGACCGAAGAACGCGGAUUCGUUGUUUACACUUUUCGUCCAGGAAGUGAGAGUAACGAUCCGCGAUGCCGAUUGGUUAUGACCCACUCUAAUGAACAGGAUAUUAAGAAGUCUCCCACCAACGUAGAGCGGGGGUGACUUUGUUCCUAAGGAAAAACAGUCUUUUUCGAUGGGCAUAUGUUCGCUUUUCCCAUCUGGCGACUGUCCGCUUUCUCCGUGAUUUUUAAGAGCGCCAAGGACUUUUCCAAGACCCAGUCAUCAACUGAAAAUACUUAUAGAAUCAGAAAAUUCUUCAAGACAAGCAAUUUGAUUGGCAAACAUGUGUGGAGACAAUGAAGCUAAAGUUAACGCUUUAUGGCGGGUCCUUGGGUCUAUUGAGAAUCGGGAAGACUGUAGUUUGGCCGUUGGCUGCCAGGUAGCGAGGGAUGGAGGGCAGAUGUCCCACGUGACGUAACGCUAAUAAUGCUAGAAGGUGUCACAACGUCUUUUCUAUAGAAAAAAAAUAAUAAAUGAAAAUGUAAGUGCCAAUAAACAUUAGUUAAUUGAAUUUUGGCUUUUGUCUGCCAUUUAUCUAAACGAAUGGAACAUUUAGUUUUAUUUCCAACUAAGAGCUGGCACAUCCAAGGUUUUCUACACAUACACUUCUCUUCUUCGUGAAUUUGGACUACAUUAAUUUUCUUUUCCUCCUGCAAAACUUGUUUUUUGGCACUUACAAUCUUUUUCACCAACACUCUACGAUUCAUUAAAUUUUAGUUAUUCAAAAUUUAUAUUUUACGUUUUAAUCCACUGUCCUCUAUAAUUAUCUAUACGCGAUAUUUGAAAAUAAAUAGAAUAAAAUUAAAUGAAUUAGAGUCAUUCUAAUAUUAUUGUGUUAGAUCGCAGUGAACAUAUCUCUAUUACCAUAAAAAAUAUUAAUGUUAAUGCGACGUUAUCCAUUGAAAAAAGAAAGCAAGA